AUGGAUCAGGCAUCUACGCAGUGCUAUGAUUCAAGCUUGCUGGAUGGAGCUGCUUCAACAAUAGCCUCUAAAAAUAUGGAUUCAGAGAGAAAGAGGAGGAAGAAGCUCAAUGACAAGCUCUUAGCACUUAGAGAAGCAGUCCCCAAAAUCAGCAAGAGAUUGAAGAAAGAUCCUGGAUAUGACUUCGAGCAAGAGCUACCAGUCUUGUUAAGAUCCAAGAGAACAAGAUCUGACCAAAUUUAUUAUCCUAUGAGUUAUCCUAUCGAAGUUCAUGAAGUAAGUUACUCUUUUUGCACCGGUGUGACCUAA